AUCCCGAUAACAUUCUGCCUCAUGUGGACCCAUAAUGGUGCAGCUGUCUGUGUGAAUAGUGUUGUAGCCCAGUACACGGUGCCGGGAGUCUUCCUCAUCCAUAGAGGGAGCCUACUAUCCUGCACACAGCUCAGUGCACUAUGUACAUCUCCAGGCCGUUUCCUCUCACACAUUUCCGGGUGGAGCGCAGGAUUCCCCCAGUGACCGCCGCCAGGACACACCGGCCUGUAUCCCGGGCAGGAGCCUGUGUGUGACGUGAGGCCGCUCGGUGUGAACACGGUUCGGAUGUGUUAAUGGAUUCCAGGCCCGGAUACCACAGGGGGCUCGGGGGCGGCGGGGGGAGCAGCAAUCACAUCUCAUAUGGCGGCGGCGGCGGCUCCUCGGCCUCCAGCUCCCCGGCUCUAACGGGCGCCCAGGGCCGCAGGAGGAAGCAGCCUCCCCGGCCGGCGGACUUUAAGCUGCAGGUUAUCAUUAUCGGCUCCCGGGGAGUGGGCAAGACCAGCCUGAUGGAGCGGUUCACGGACGACACCUUCUGCGAGGCGUGCAAGUCCACCGUGGGUGUUGACUUCAAAAUCAAAACAGUAGAAUUAAGGGGAAAGAAAAUUCGGUUACAAAUAUGGGACACAGCUGGCCAGGAGCGCUUCAACAGUAUUACUUCAGCCUAUUACCGAAGUGCCAAGGGUAUCAUAUUAGUCUAUGAUAUCACCAAGAAAGAGACUUUUGAUGAUUUACCAAAAUGGAUGAAGAUGAUUGAUAAGUAUGCGUCUGAGGAUGCAGAACUCCUUCUAGUUGGAAAUAAGCUGGACUGUGAAGUUGACAGAGAACUCUCUCGGCAACAGGGAGAAAAGUUUGCACAACAGAUAACUGGGAUGCGGUUCUGCGAAGCAAGCGCCAAGGACAACUUUAAUGUAGAUGAAAUCUUUUUAAAGCUGGUUGAUGACAUAUUGAAAAAGAUGCCCCUGGAUAUAAUGCGGAAUGAGCUGUCAAACAGCAUCUUAUCUCUUCAGCCGGAGCCGGAAGUCCCCCCAGAGCUCCCUCCACCUCGACCACCUGUCCGUUGCUGUUGAUUUUCUCCUGACAUAGCAGGACCAAGACACUCAGUCCCUGCGUCCUGUGAUACAAUCAUUAGGAAGCUCCCACUUUGCACUUGUUUCUCAGUAAAAUAUGUAAAUAUGUAAUCAACAAGUAAAGGUUUUAAGUUUGCAUUUCUUCCUCCUGCCCCCGGGAGCAAUGGUUCAGAGUCAGCAAUAUGAAUGGACUCUGGAUGGGGAGUAUUGGCCCAUCUUUUCUAAGCGCUGUACUGCAGUGGUUCCUGCAAAGCACUUUAUUUCAGGCUCCACUAGUUGUGUAGUAUCUAGUGUUGGAUUCAUAGUGUUUUCAGCUCAGAAGUUUGGUUUCUCAGUUACCAAUCUCUUUUGUAUUUUUUUAUUGUAUCUAGACACAUAUAUAUAUGGUGCUUUGCUAAUUGUAUUAUCACUCCAAAAUAUUUAACUAUUUAAGGUUUCCAAUAAAAAAAAUGCUUCCAUAUACAGUAUUAUAUUUAGUUUAUUAAACAGUGCAAUUUUAUUUUUAAUUAUAGCAAUAGUUGAUUACUGGACCUACAACAAGCAUUAAUGUUCGCUCCAGUAAUAUUUAUUAAUGCCUAAAUAGCUUGAAGGACAUUUUUUUUUUCUCCUUUAGUUUUACUAGAGUUACAACAUGAAUGGCCCAUGCCCCCUUCUGUUCUCUCUAAUGCUCCUUGCACAGGAUUCGUGUGCUAUUAAGGCACCCUGAACAAGCAUAGCAAAGUAUGUGGUUUAUGAACUCUUCUGGAAACUUCAUUGCGCACACCCUUUAAUGGGCUCACUGGGAAGUAAUGCCUGACAAGGCUGCUAGAAAACGCAGCAUACUGUUCUAUUUGGACAUGGAGAUGAAACUGACAUUUUUUAUUAUUAUUAGUAUUCACCUACUAAUCCGUACGUUUAACCUUGCCACAUUAAAUUUUUUUGUGGGGGGAGGGGGGGUGGCAAAGUAUGACAUGACACCUAAAUGGCACAUACUGUUUUAAUGAUGAUGGUUUUGUGAAUUACAUAUUUGAUAUCUCUAUGCACUGUGUAAUGCAGAUAUGCAUUUGGAUAAAUGUGUGUCAUUGUGGUAUUGGAAACAAGAUAGUAUUUCUAACUAACGAAGUGAAAAAUAAACCUUUUUUAUUUAUG